AUGGCGGCUCAUUCGGAUGACCCGAAUGACCUUGAAAGUCGUCUUGAUUAUGACGAGUCUGACGACUUAGAUAUGCCCGAACAAGCAAACAAAGACCCUGAGCAUGAUAGGGCAGAUUUUCGUGAGUUCUUGUCGUCUUUACAGAAGACUAUGUCUACACAAACAGCGUUAUUGUCCAUUUUAGUGGCCGAACGCCAAGGCGAAAAACGAGCUAACACCAGUAGUGUCACGGCUUCGGCCAGCUCGAGCAAACGUCAGAAAUAUGACUCGAAUGAUAUACAACCUCAAGUAGGCUUACAAGAUAUAGCUGCAGAGACAGCAACUACAAAUGCUUCAGAGGAAGCAACUAACAAUGCUUCAGAGGAAGCAACAAAUUCGGUCUCAGAGUCAGACAAUGAGCAACACACAAGUGAGCAAAAUGACGACAGGUUAAGUGUACAUGGGGAUGAGCAUGACCCUGAUCUUGCCGGGUCAAUGAGUGAGGAUGAAGACAAUACCAGUCUUCUGACAAAAAUAGGUGAAUCACUCUGUCCCACUGAGGAUCAUGGACCACAAGUUAUUGAAAAACUUUCACAACUAGUGAAUACUAAGUUUGUGAUGGAUCUUGACCUUGAAAAAAGGAAACAACUUUCUGAAAAGUACAAAACACCCAAAAAUUGUGAGGCACUUUAUGUGCCACGUGUUAACCCGGAGAUAUGGGGAAAAUUAAACCCAACAACUAAGCAGCGAGACAUAAAGAUGUCAACCUUACAAGACCUCUUACUUAGAGUGUCAAAUGCUGUAAUUAUCUCAUUGAACACACGUUUAGACUGUCGAGAGAAACGAUCAAUUCCUGAUUACAAAUCUGUUAUGUCUAACUUGAUCGACUGCAUUGCUCUUAUUGGGCAUGUUCAUAAAGAACUUUCGUUCAAACGAAGAGACCAGAUCCGACCAAGUCUGACAAAUGAAUUCAAACCAGCAUGCUCUCGUAACAAUAAAAUAGAGAAAUCACUUUUUGGUGAUGACCUCUCUAAAGUCUUACAGGACUUAAGAGCAACAAGCAAGGUUGUGAAUAACUUAACACAUAUGCCUACCAGUGGAAAGGCAAGAUCAUCAGCAAAUUAUAAUUCAGCAAGCACAUCACGCCCUCAUUUUUUACCGCAUCAGGGGAGGGGCCAUUACCCUCCCCAGCCCAAUCGAGCAUACAAUUAUUAAAUAAUGUUAUUCAGGAGUGCCAUCAUGCUCCUAUAGAAUUUAUUUCACCAAUAUUCACUGUUCCUAAGAAGGAUGGUGGUAUACGUCUUAUCUUGAACUUAAAAAAGGAAUGCAUUGCUAAUGUAGUACAAACAGUAAAAGUGUUUGACAAUGUUGGGCUUGUACACCAUCCAGACAAGUCAACAUUCAUACCAGUACAGGAGAUUGUUUUGCUAGGUUUUGUCAUUAACUCAAUCUAUAUGACAACAAGAUUGACACCUGAGAAUAUAAAACACAUAAAAGAACUGGUCAAACAGACUAUAGACUCAAUACGUCAUAUAAAAAUACGUUUGGUUGCUAAACUUAUUGGCUGUCUUAUUGCCAGCCUCCCUGCGAUAAUGUAUGGGGCACUUUAUUACAAGUAUUUAGAAAAAGGAAAAAAUUGCUGCACUUAAAUCAUGUAAAGGAAAUUUUGAUGCCUUUAUAUCUCUAUCGCAAAUGCUAAGUAUGAACUUGACUGGUGGUUAAAUCAUAUUGAUACCAGUUUCAAUCCCAUAAGAUACCCACCUGUGGAUGUUGUUUUAUAUUCAGAUGCAUCAUUGAAAGGGUGGGGUGCUGUUAAGGGAGAAAUAUCAACAGGGGGUAGAUGGACAGCUGUAGAGGCAAAAUGCCAUAUUAAUGUCCUGAAAUUACACGCUGUUCUGUUGGCGUUGAAAUGUUUUAAGGUUUCUAUUACUACCAAAUACACGUACAAAUCCUGGUUGAUAACACCACUGCAGUAGCUGUCAUUAACCAUAUGGGCAGUGUACACAGUGACAGCUGUCAUUUAAUGGCCAGAAAAAUUUGGGAAUUUUGUUUUCGUAAUGAUAUAUGGCUCACAGCUGCCCAUCUACCAGGAGCCACUAAUGUUGACGCUGACCAUGCAUCUCGAAAUUUUAUCAGUGUUGAUACUGAGUGGAUGCUCAAUUCCACAUGUCUUGUCGAAGCAUUAGAGACUUCCAUCAGCCCCCGAUUCAUCCACUUCGUGCAGAAAGAUGGAACUUCUUAUUUGUCUCUUAUCGGGGAGAAACUUAAAGCCCAAGGAUUGUCCCAAAGCUCCAUAAAAAUUACAUUGGCAUCCUGGAGAGCAGGUACUCAUAGUCAGUAUCAAUCUCAAAUUAUCAAAUGGCAAGAAUUUUGCACGCAACAUAAGUGUGAUAUGAUAUCGCCGCCUGUAACAUUUGCGGUGGAUUUUUUGGCGCAGUUAUCUGACUCUGGUAUGUCUUAUAGUGCCUUAUCCAGUCUUCUACAGUUGCAUGAUGUAAAUAUGCCAUUUGGGCAUUCACCAGUUGUUAAACGUUUCAUGAAAGGGUUGUAUGAGCUGAAACCAUGUUUUCCCCCGAUACCAGACAAUUUGGGAUGUAAACGUUGUACUUAAUCAUCGUCGCAAGCAGCCACCUAUAUUGGAGCUUAGUCUAAAAGAUCUCACUCUACAUUUGAUCUUUCUACUAUGUCUAUUGUGACAACGUUCCCAGACUAUAAACUGCCUGUCUCUUGAACAUAUGCAACUAACUGAUGGAAAAUGUGUGUUCAUUGUUGCGAACAAGAUCAAACAAUCACGAGUGGGAAAACAUAUUAAACCACUUGAAUUUCUUGGAUACCCACAAGACCAAACUGUAUGUGUUUUAACAGAUAUUCGAGAAUACAUCAGACGAACAGCUGCCUUUCGGAAAAGUUAGCAGUUAUUAAUAAGCUAUGUAAAACCUCAUGGUCCGGUAUCAAAAGACACAAUCUCUCGUUGGUGUAAAACAGCGCUUGGUUCAUCUGGCAUUGACAUAUCAAAAUUCAAGGGACACAGUACCAGAGCGGCUUCAUCAUCCCAUCUUGCAGGGUGUAAUAAUAGUAUCCAAGAUAUUUUGUCCUCUGCUGGUUGGUCGAAUGAAAAGACGUUUCAACGUUUCUAUAACAAGCCCACAGAAUCAAGUUUUAAUUUUGGAAAGGUUUUUUGGAUUCAACAUGUUAACUCUAUUUAA